UUAUCGCCCAACCCCAGUGUGUGUAGGUUAUCACCCAACCCUAGUGUGUGUGGGUUAUCACCCAACCCCAGUGUGUGUGGGUUAUCACCCAACCCUAGUGUGUGUGGGUUAUCACCCAACCCUAGUGUGUGUGGGUUAUCACCCAACCCUAGUGUGUGUGGGUUAUCACCCAACCCCAGUGUCUGUAGGUUAUCACCCAACCCCAGUGUCUGUAGGUUAUCGCCCAACCCCAGUGUGUGUGGGUUAUCGCCCAACCCUAGUGUCUGUAGGUUAUCACCCAACCCUAGUGUGUGUCUGUAGGUUAUCACCCAACCCUAGUGUGUGUCUGUAGGUUAUCACCCAACCCCAGUGUGUGUGGGUUAUCACCCAACCCCAGUGUGUGUCAUCACCCAACCCUAGUGUGUGUCUGUAGGUUAUCACCCAACCCCAGUGUGUGUCUGUAGGUUAUCACCCAACCCUAGUGUGUGUCUGUAGGUUAUCACCCAACCCUAGUGUGUGUCUGUAGGUUAUCGCCCAACCCUAGUGUGUGUGGGUUAUCGCCCAACCCUAGUGUCUGUAGGUUAUCGCCCAACCCUAGUGUGUGUGGGUUAUCACCCAACCCCAGUGUGUGUGGGUUAUCACCCAACCCCAGUGUGUGUGGGUUAUCACCCAACCCCAGUGUGUGUGGGUUAUCACCCAACCCUAGUGUGUGUGGGUUAUCACCCAACCCCAGUGUGUGUGGGUUAUCACCCAACCCCAGUGUGUGUGGGUUAUCACCCAACCCCAGUGUGUGUGGGUUAUCACCCAACCCUAGUGUGUGUGGGUUAUCACCCAACCCUAGUGUGUGUGGGUUAUCGCCCAACCCUAGUGUGUGUGGGUUAUCACCCAACCCCAGUGUGUGUGGGUUAUCGCCCAAUCCUAGUGUGUGUGGGUUAUCGCCCAACCCUAGUGUGUGUGGGUUAUCGCCCAACCCUAGUGUGUGUGGGUUAUCGCCCAACCCUAGUGUGUGUGGGUUAUCACCCAACCCUAGUGUGUGUGGGUUAUCGCCCAACCCCAGUGUCUGUGGGUUAUCACCCAACCCCAGUGUGUGUGGGUUAUCACCCAACCCUAGUGUGUGUCUGUAGGUUAUCACCCAACCCUAGUGUGUGUCUGUAGGUUAUCACCCAACCCUAGUGUCUGUAGGUUAUCACCCAACCCCAGUGUGUGUGGGUUAUCACCCAACCCUAGUGUGUGUCUGUAGGUUAUCACCCAACCCUAGUGUGUGUCUGUAGGUUAUCACCCAACCCUAGUGUCUGUAGGUUAUCACCCAACCCUAGUGUGUGUCUGUAGGUUAUCACCCAACCCUAGUGUGUGUCUGUAGGUUAUCACCCAACCCUAGUGUGUGUCUGUAGGUUAUCACCCAACCCCAGUGUGUGUGGGUUAUCACCCAACCCCAGUGUGUGUCAUCACCCAACCCUAGUGUGUGUCUGUAGGUUAUCACCCAACCCCAGUGUGUGUCUGUAGGUUAUCACCCAACCCUAGUGUGUGUCUGUAGGUUAUCACCCAACCCCAGUGUGUGUGGGUUAUCACCCAACCCCAGUGUGUGUCAUCACCCAACC